AUGGAGGGUCUCAAGGUCUUCUUACAUCCACUAAUCGUAACUGUUAUCCUAAUAAUUCUUCCUCCCUUGUUAGCAGCGCCAUCAUACGACUGCCCCAUUUCCUUUUGUGGCUCAAGUGCAUACUCAAUACGAUUCCCCUUUCGGAUGCUAGGCCAACAACCUGCCAUCUGUGGCUAUCCAGGAUUUGAUCUACGUUGUAGUAAACAAGGAGUGAUGCUUUUAAAUCUCCCAAAUUCAGGGGAGUUUGCAGUAAGAAACAUUGAUUAUCGAUCUCAAGUGGUCCAAGUUUACGACCCGUUGGGUUGUUCUGCUUCUAGGCUUUUGACUUUGGACCUCUCGGGCUCACCUUUCUUAAGUUCCUUGGGUCGAAAUUACACUCUUUUAAGCUGCCCGGUUGAGGUCACGAUGUCUCGUUACAUCCCAGUUGGGUGUCUCAGCAAUUCUACAUUUUCUACUGUGGCUACCAAGUCUGUGAGUUUUGCUAUAAGAUUGGCCAACAGAACAGCAUGCCGGAUAAUCGGUUCUGUAUGGAUCCCAAUAUCAGCGUAUCAAGAUCAAGAAGGGCUUACAUCUAACCUAAAUAUGGAUAUAUCUUUGACAUGGGAUAACCCUAAUUGCCAAGAUUGCGCAGCAGUUGGUGGGAUUUGUGGUUUCACAAAUACCACUAUGCAAGAUAUUGCAUGCUAUGAAAAUCCUGGAAAGAGCAGUAAAAAAGCUAUGAUAGCUUUAAUAAUUGUAUCCAUAGCCCUGGCUCUACCAGCCAUAGCUGCCUCUAUUGCCAUGGCAUGGUACAUAUGCAGGGACUACAGAAGAGCAGCCACCUGGAUUGCAACAGCUGCAACCCGCAACAUAACCACAGUAACACCAGAGAACCCAACCAUUUCUCAUCAUGGUUUGGUCAUUGGUCUGGACCAACUAACCAUAGAGUCCUACACGAAAGUCAUAUUAGGUGAAAGCAAACGCCUUCCGGGACAUGACGACGCAACAUGUUCCAUAUGCCUAUCAGAAUAUGAUGUUAAAGAGAUCGUCAGAUGCAUCCCCGAGUGUAGACAUUGCUUCCAUGCAGACUGUAUUGAUGAGUGGCUAAAGAUGAAAGGGACAUGCCCAGUUUGCAGGAAUUCGCCAUCUCCAGCUCGAGUUUAACG